AUGGCGCCAAAGGCCGAGAAGAAGCCAGCGGAGAAGAAACCGGCAGAAAAAGCGCCGGCGGAGAAGAAGCCAAGAGCAGAGAAGAAACUGCCAAAAGAAGGCGGCGCGAUCGAUAAGAAGAAGAAGAAGGCGAAGAAGAGCGUAGAGACGUACAAGAUAUACAUAUUCAAGGUGUUGAAGCAAGUCCAUCCUGAUAUCGGGAUUUCCAGUAAGGCUAUGGGGAUCAUGAACAGCUUUAUCAAUGAUAUUGAUGCAGUCAGUGCUCGAGUCAAGCAGCAAUCGAAAUGUGAAGUGAGAGAAUAA